ACAAACGUGGAAUCAGUCAGGUACGGGAAACGACGGUCACAAAGCAGAGACAUUUUUGAGAAUAUAUGAAAAGCACAGGCAUCUCGCCGGGGGCCACUCGCACUCACUCAAUCCUCAUAGAGUUGAGAUUUGUGCAUUUGGUUGGUUAAGAUGAACUGUCUCCAGAAUCUUCCAAGAUCCGCUGUUUUGCCAGUGCAAAGAUCCAAUGCCUGUGCAAGAAAGCCUUCAUAUACUAGUUUCACUUCGCUGGGCGUGAGGAAUCCUGCUGAUCUUCCGCGUCUUGUUAUCGUAAAGGCAGUUUCUGGUUCUACAUCCAGCGACAAGAUGAGCAGUUCUAAUGCUGAGGAGAAGAAGUCCGAAAUAUAUAGUAAUAAUAUGACUGAAGCUAUGGGUGCUGUCUUGACAUAUAGACAUGAACUAGGAAUGAACUACAACUUCAUUCGUCCAGACAUUAUUGUGGGAUCAUGCUUACAGACUCCUGAGGAUGUUGACAAGCUUCGUAAUAUAGGAGUGAAGACAAUAUUUUGCUUGCAACAAGAUUCAGAUCUUGAAUAUUUUAGUGUUGAUAUUACUGCUAUUCGUGAAUAUGUCAAAACAUAUGACGACAUUCAGCACUUGCGUGCUGAAAUAAGGGACUUUGAUGCAUUUGAUUUGCGGAUGCGGCUUCCGGCUGUAGUGAGCUCAUUACAUAAGGCUAUCAAUCAAAAUGGCGGUAUAACUUAUAUACAUUGUACAGCUGGACUUGGAAGAGCUCCUACAGUUGCUAUGGCAUACAUGUUCUGGAUUCAAGGGUACAGGCUAAGAGAAGCCCACAAUUUGCUGCUGAGCAAGCGCUCAUGCUUCCCAAAGCUGGAUGCUAUAAGAAGUGCCACUGCUAAUAUUCUUACAGGUUUCAGAAAGAAGCAAGUGACCUUGACAUGGGAAGAUGGCAAUUGUUCCACUGUGGAAGUCUCUGGACUUGAUAUCGGAUGGGGUCAGAGAAUACCUAUGAAAUUUGAUGAGGAACAGGGUUUAUGGAUUCUUCAGAGGGAAUUGCCAGAAGGACACUACGAGUACAAGUAUAUUGUCGACGGUAAAUGGACCUACAACAGUAACGAGCUUCUAACUCUCGCUAACAAAGAUGGCCACGUCAACAACUAUGUCCAGGUCACUGAUGAUGAUCCAAAUAGCAUUACAGCAGGCCUGCGGAAGAAGUUGACGAGUGAUGAUCCGGAUCUUACAACACACGAACGGCUCCAAAUAAGACAGUCUCUUGAAGCUUAUCCACAAGACGAGUGAGUUUUCAACUUUGAAUACUAAAUGUAAAUCAACAGAGAAUAUAUACAGUUGGAAUAAGCAGUUGUAGCAAAAGAAAAUCUGCCACAUGUAAGAUGUCUUUGUUAUAUAUACGAAUGUUGCUAUACAUCAACCACAAGAACAUGUUUUCUCCUUGGCUGUAGCCUGUGGAUAUAGCUUCAGAAAUAGAACAGGAAAUUGAGUCUCCAUAACGUACUGUUUAGCUAUGGCUAUGAAUCUCGAUUAAGCAACCUGAUUAAGUUGGUCCGGGUCUUGGGAUAGUGACAUACUUAUUAAUUUGAAUAAAAGUGAGACUCGACCAUUUGUGUAUA